AUGGGGUUAUUCUCGAGGAAAAAACCCACUAAAACUGACUCUAAGUCUGUCAAUGCGAAUGAACAUUUGAUUAAAGUCGAUACAUGUUUUUCUGAACCUCCAAAUGAAUAUGGUGGGGCGGAACCAUUGGAAAAUAUCACUAGUGAACAAUAUGACAUAUAUGUCAAGCUCCUGAACCAUUUCAAUGCUGAAGAUUUUACAUUGCCAGUCAAUACUGAAGUCGCUAAGGAUGAUCCAGCCCUUCAAAAAUCUUUGAGUGAAUUUGAGAAAUUUUGGUUGAGUAGAGAAUGUCUCUUAAGAUUUUUGAGGGCAGCCAAAUGGAAUUUCAAUGAUGCCGUCGCCAAUUUAAGUGAAACGAUGACUUGGAGACGUGAAGUUGGUAUCACCUACUCUGACAGCAACUUUGAAAACAAAGCAUUGGAUCCAGACCAUGUUUCAAUUGAAAAUGAAACUGGUAAGGAAGUUUUAUUAGGUUUUGACAAACACAGAAGACCUUUAUUUUAUAUGAAAAAUGGUAGACAGAACACAGAAUCAUCUUAUAGACAAGUUCAACAGUUAAUUUACAUGAUGGAAUGUGCAACUACUUUAUGUCCACAAGGUGUUGAGAAAUUAACUGUUUUGAUAGAUUUGAAAGGUUAUAAAGAACCAGGAAUAAUUAGUGAUAAAGUCCCACCAUUGGCAAUUACCAAGUUAUGUUUAAAAGUUUUACAAGAUUAUUUUCCUGAGAGAAUGGGGAAAUGUUUGUUAACGAACAUCCCAUGGUUUGCAUGGGCAUUUUUAAAGAUUGUGUAUCCAUUUUUAGAUCCUGCAACAAGAGAAAAGGCAAUUUUUGAUGAACCCUACGAUAAACAUGUCGAAAAGAAGCAAUUAGAUGCCACAUAUAACGGUUACUUAGACUUCAAAUACGAUCAUAAAGUGUAUUGGCCUGAUCUUGUCAAGAAAGUUGAUGAACUAAGAGAAAAAAGAUUUGAAAGAUGGGUCAAAUUUGGUUCAAAAAUUGGUACAGCUGAAUGGGAUUAUAAAGGAGAUCAUGACGAAAUAAAAUAUCCUGUAGAUUAUAGAAAUGUUGAGUAA